AUGUUUGGAUCGAGAAAGUCACGUUCUUCGCUAUCUAUUUCGCAGCAAAGAAUGCUUUCGCAUUCUAUGAGUGGGAUGUCGCUUCAAAGCGGGCCCAAGAUGGUUUAUUAUGUUGGUGUUGAUGUUGGUACUGGGUCUGCUCGGGCGUGUGUGAUUGACCAAUUGGGGAACAUUCUUUCGUUGGCCGAAAGGCCUAUUCAGAGACAAGAGUUGAAGCCCAAUUACAUUACGCAAUCUUCGCAUGAGAUUUGGGGUGCGAUCUGCCAUUGUGUGCAGAGUGUGGUUCGUGACAGUGGAGUUGAUCCGUCUACGAUCCAUGGGAUUGGGUUUGAUGCGACAUGUUCGCUUGUUGUUGUAGAUGAGGACAAUGAGGAUGUUGCGGUGGGUCCGGAUUUUACCGACAACAAGCAGAACAUUAUUCUCUGGAUGGACCACCGGGCGAUGGACGAGACGAAUGAGAUCAAUGCGACCGGAGACAAGUGUUUGAAGUAUGUUGGUGGACAAAUGAGUGUUGAGAUGGAGAUUCCCAAGAUCAAGUGGUUGAAGAACAACAUUCCUGCGGAGAAGUUUGCCAGAUGCAAGUUCUUCGAUUUGGCGGAUUACUUGACGUUCAAGGCUACUGGUCUGGAGAUCCGUUCGUACUGUUCUACCGUUUGCAAGCAGGGCUUGUUACCCAUUGGCGUUGAAGGGUCUAAGAAUGGGUGGUCUAAGGAGUUUUUAGAGGCGAUCGGGUUGCCCGAGUUGGUCGAGAACGAUUUCCACAAGUUGGGUGGGAGUGUCAAUGACGCCAGUUUUCUGAGUGCCGGUGAGUGUAUUGGGACCUUGGACGAGGAAUCUGCGCUCGAGUUAGGGCUUUCGACCCACUGUGUCGUAGGGUCUGGUGUCAUUGACGCGUACGCCGGCUGGGUGGGCACAGUUGCUGCGCGCACUGACGUUGACAUCCCUGCAUUAGUGCAAGCGGACUCUGAGAAGCACGGGAUUGACCGUGCCACGGGCCGUCUGGCAGCUGUUGCAGGGACCUCCACAUGCCACAUUGCGAUGUCGCGUGACCCAAUUUUCGUUGAUGGUGUUUGGGGCCCAUACAGAGACGUUAUGGCGCCCGGAUUUUGGUUAGCCGAAGGUGGCCAAUCGUGCACGGGUGCGCUUUUGGCACAUGUGCUCACAACGCAUCCAGCGUAUGCUGAGUUGUCCCAGCUGGCCGAUGCAGCAAGCGUUUCGAAGUUCGACUACUUGAACUCACGCUUGGAGCUGUUGACGCAACAGCGCAAGGUCUCCUCCGUCGUCGCUUUGGCCAAACACUUGUUUUUCUACGGUGAUUACCAUGGUAACAGGUCCCCAAUAGCAGACCCGAACAUGCGUGCUGCCAUCAUUGGCCAAUCGAUGGACAACGGUAUCGACGACUUGUGUAUCAUGUACUUGGGCGCGUGCGAGUUCAUCGCCCAGCAAACCAGACAGAUUGUUGAGCAGAUGUGCAAUGCCGGCCACGAACUAGCUGCCAUUUUCAUGUCUGGAGGCCAGUGCAGAAACGGGCUAUUGAUGAGAUUGCUAGCCGAUUGCACAGGCUUGCCAAUAGUUAUUCCGCGUUACAUUGAUGCAGCUGUGGUUUUCGGUUCCGCUUUGCUUGGGGCCGUCGCUAGUGAAUCCUUCGACGCGUGCGCCCAGCUUCCUGCCCCAGCUGAAAACUCCACUGUCCAACACAAGGACGUCUCAAUCCGUCGUAAGAGUUCCUUGAGCAGAAAGGACUUCCAGGGCUUGAACUCUGGAGGCGACAGCAGACCGGAUUCGAGAUCCAGAUCCAAAUCCGGUUCGAGAUCCCGCUCGGGAUCUGGAAACGACAGCUUCCUGGGCGGUGCCAACGCCUUGAAGCCCUUGACCAGCUUCUCCAAAGUCAAGACCACUACUGAUCUGCACAGCCCAUACACCGCACCAUCGGCAACUGCUUCCACUGCACAGAUCUCAACCACUUCGGGCGGGUAUCCGUUCCCGAUCAUGACAGCGAGCGACAACGCUAUUCUGGAGGAUGACAGCAACACUGACACCGAUGAUGAUGACGACGGAGUCGACCCCAAGGACGACUCGUUGACCUUCAACGCUAAGACCGAGAAGUCGAAGGAUGCCGAAAACUCGGCCCAGCACACCAAGGCCAGGGCUCUACGUGAACUAACUAAAGAUAAACUAUGGGAGGUCAUGUACAAUAUGACCGGCGGUGGUAAGGUCGUGUGGCCUGCAGACGACGAUAGUCCCGACAGACGCUUGCUAGACGUGAAGUACAAGAUCUUCCUCGACAUGGCGCAAACCCAACGCACGUACAGAAAGAUGGUUGACGAAGUAGCUAAAUGA